AUGACUUCAAAUGUCUCCAGUCAGGACACAACGAGCCUCCACUUUAUCGUCCGUUCGGGAUUGGCAGGCGGAGUCGCUGGAUGCUUGGCUAAGACGGUUGUCGCGCCUCUUGACAGAGUCAAGAUUCUCUUCCAGGCGUCGAACCCGGAUUUCCAGAAGUACGCAGGAUCAUGGAGCGGAAUAUUCCGGGCAGCGAAUGAGAUAUACAAAGAUAACGGUGUUCGAGGACUGCUACAAGGACACUCUGCAACCUUACUACGCGUGUUUCCGUACGCGGCCAUCAAAUUCAUGGCAUACGACCAGGUCCACUACAUGUUAAUGCCUACGACGCAAUCAGAAACCAGUGCUCGAAGAUUCGCUGCAGGAGCAAUAUCCGGAAUUAUCUCUGUAUUCUUUACCUAUCCCUUGGAAAUUAUUCGCAUUCGAAUGGCGUUCCACACAAAGUCUAUGGAUAAGACAUCCCCGCUCCGGCCCUCUUUUGUCCGUGCCGCCCGCCAGAUAUACACUGAAUCCGCGACAUCACUGAAUACCCAGAACUAUCUGCAUCGUUUCCCAGUGUUGAAAUACUAUAGAGGGUUUACCGUCACCGUUGUUGGGAUGAUACCCUACGCAGGAGUGUCGUUUUUGAGUUGGGGAGGAUUGAGGGCCCGCUUCUUGCCUGCUGAUGAACACGGCCGUAUUAUCCCCAACCCCGUCGGAGACUUGGCGAUCGGAGCUGUCUCUGGAGCUGUCGCGCAAACCGCAUCUUAUCCUUUCGAAGUUGUGCGACGCAGGAUGCAGGUGGGAGGUGUGACGCAACCUGACCGAUGGCUUCGCUGGGGGGAGACGGUUGGCUUGAUAUGGCGCUCUCAAGGGUUGAAGGGGUUCUUCGUAGGCCUUAGUGUAGGUUACUUGAAGAUAGUACCUAUGACAGCUGUAAGCUACGCAGCGUGGCAGGGCGGUAAACGGAUGCUAGGCGUUUAA